GAGUUUUUACUGACUCGUGGGCCGUGGCUUUAUUUACCUACUUUGAUCACGUCUGCUUUCUGCUAACGUUCAUUCAAUUUAAAAAAAAAAACGUGUUUAUGAAAGAGUACAAUCACUUUCCUAACUACAAAACUAAUGUAUAUAAGUAAAAGGAUUAAAGAAGCAUCAACUUUUGCAGUUAUACUUGAUAAACAUUUGAAAAGAUUGCUCCCUUCCCUUUGGAAAUGACAGAUCUAACUGAAGAGGAAAAAAAGAUUCCUGUUGAGAAAUAUGAAUAUUUGGAUCAUACCGCUGAUGUUCAGCUUCAUGCUUGGGGGGAUUCCUUGGAAGAAGCCUUUGAACAAUGUACUCAGGCCAUGUUUGGGUACAUGACUGAAAUUGAUAAAGUGGAAAUCUUGGAGAAGCAUGAAAUUGAAGCUCAAGGAGAGGAUAUUCAAUCAUUGUUGUUUCAUCUACUUGAUGAGUUCCUUUUCCUUUUUAGUGCAGAGCCAUUCUUUAUUGCUAGGAAAGUGAAAAUCACAGAAUUUGAUCGCGUCAACUUCAAAAUUGUGGCAACUGGCUAUGGAGAAACUUUUGAUUUGAAGAAGCACCCUCAGGGAACAGAAGUUAAGGCUAUCACUUACUCUAACAUGCAAGUUCAUGAUGAACCAAAUUUGCAUCAAGUCUAUGUUAUCAUUGAUAUUUAAGUGGGAAAAUGUGAAAUACAUCUGGAUCAGUUGCCUUAUCUUAA